GGAGAAAAAGACGACGACGCCUGUGGUCACGUGAGAAGACGUUGAACCGCGGCGGAGGCGCAGCGACGGCAGGAAGCCCCGAUUUGUUAAAUUUAAAGAUAAAUAUCUGUAAAUCACCCUUCUGGGGAGCAGGACAAGGCGCCUGAGGUCGCGUUGCUAGCCGCCGGUUUCCCCCCCCCCCACGAAGAGCCAAAAUGACGGCGUCGGUGUUUUUCGGCUGCACCUUCAUCGCCUUCGGCCCGGCCAUCGCUCUGUUCCUGUUUACCAUCGCCCGGGAGCCGCUGAGGGUCAUUUUCCUCAUAGCAGGAGCGUUUUUCUGGCUGGUGUCCCUGCUGCUGUCCUCGCUGGUGUGGUUCAUUUCGGUUCAGAUCAGUAAUAAGGACAGUGCGGUGCAGCAGAAAGGUCUGCUCAUCUUCGGCGUGGUGCUGUCCGUCCUGCUGCAGGAAACCUUCCGCUUCGCUUACUACAAGCUGCUGAAGAAAGCGAAUGAAGGCCUCCUCGCUCUCAGUCAGGAGGAAACCAUGCCCAUCUCCAUACGGCAGCUGGCCUACGGUACAGUUAGUCUGCACCGCGCACACACAGUCUCUGGUCUGCCCUUCAUAUCACGACCCGACAUGAAAGCGAAAGCUUAAAAAAAAAAAAUUGAAUAGUGAUGUAUUGGUCAAUAUUUUACACCUUUUUCCUUUUUAAAAAAAAAGAUAAACGUAAACAAGCAUUUCCGAUGUGGGUCCCUUAAAUUUGUUACUAAAGACUUUAGUGAGUUAGUGCCCUCUGGUGAACAGAUUAUGUAAUGGAGUCGUUGUGUCUGUUUCUAAAUGACCUUCAAUGUGUCUUUUU